AUGUCCCGCCCUUCCGCAGAGCAGCUCAAGCACGCCCAGGAGCGCACCAUCGCCCGCCUCAACCAGGUCAAGACCCACUUCGACUCGCAGCCGGGCUCGGGUCGGUUCAACCGCAAGGUCGCCAUCGUCACGGGCACCGGCUCGCAGAAGGGCAUCGGCCGUGCCACCGCCCGCCUCCUCGCUCGCGAGGGCGCAAAGGCCCUCUACGUCCUCGACUUUGACGGCUCGACCCUCCAGGAGUUCGCCGACGAGCUCGAGAAGAAGCACAAGGGCCUCACGGUGACCGCCGCGACGGGCGACGCCGCCGACUCGGGCCUCGUCGAGUCGCUGUGCAAGCGCGCCCUCAAGGAGCACGGCCGCCUCGACUUCUUCUACGCCAACGCCGGCAUCACGGGCGCCAACUUCCACCUGCCGACCAUGGACGAGGAGGGCAUUAUGGAGGUCAUGCGCGUAAACCUCCUCAGCUGCUUUCUCGCCGUCAAGCACGCGUCGAACGCCAUGAAGGAGAACCCGGCCGAAGCGGCAGGCGGCAGCAUCGUCCUCACGGCUUCGGUCGCCGGUAUCCGCUCGGGCGCAGGGCCGAUGGACUACAGCGCGUCCAAGGCCGGCGUCAUCAACCUCGCCAACACGUCGGCCAACAUGCUGUCCGGCACUGGUAUCCGCGUCAACGCCAUCUGCCCUGGCCUGAUCGAGACGGGCAUGACGACGUUCACGUUCGACCGGGCACGCGAGCGCGGCACGCUCGGCAAGGUCGGUCAGCUCAACCCGCUCAGGAGGUUCGGCAUCGCCGAGGAGAUCGCGCAGGCGGCGCUCUGGCUCGCUUCCGACGAUUCGUCCUACGUCAACGGCAUUCACCUCCCGGUCGACGGCGGCCUGAGCAGCUCGCUCCCGGUCGUGCCGGGCCAGAACAUGUGAGGAAGCUCUCGUGCGGGCUUCUCGGCUUCCGUGAUCAGUGUCGGUAUCCUCUGUGAUGCAAUUGAAGGUCUUUCAGUGCU